CGGAGAAAGAAUAGCAAGCUCUUUCGCACCGUUGCACGGCACGGGCCAGAAGCUUGUGGUCGUUCCUUCCACCUUGGCCACAGCUAAGCUAAGACCAGCGAUAAUGGCGUCGCCUUCGCCUUCGUUCCUCCUCCAGCUGGUCCGGUACGUGUCGUCCCUCCCGAGCCAGUUCAUGGGGGCGACGGCGAGGGCGCUCCCAGCCUCGAGGGAAGGCGCCGCCGGCGGGGCGAUCCGCGCGCCAUUCGCCGCCCCCGGGCCGCAGCGGCCAGGCACGCCGGCGGAGGGCGCCGGCGGCCAGGGUGGGGUCAUCCAUGAGGCUUCUCCCGUCCCGCUAGAGCUGAUGCACGCGUCCGCAAGAGCGGCGCCUCGGAUGCAAGGCGCUGCCGGCAACAGGACACAUCCACCCACGGCCGGACUUAUGGCGCCUCAGCGGCCCGGGACGCCGAAAGAAGGCGCCGGCGGCCGCGGCGGGAUCAUCCAUGCGGCUUCUUCUUGAUCAGCGCAGCUCGGGUGCAUGCACUUUCGGGAUGGCACGACGGAUGAAGAAGAACAAGAAACUCGAGAUUAGUUGAAAAUUAUUACAGGUUCAUCAAUUUGCUGAUUCGGGUACGCACAGUUCGAGAUGUAACACAUGUCCAGUGUGCGUACGCGCUUCAGGUUCAGAUAAAUUGCCUGAACAUCGAUGGAGGUUGUGGAAUCUACAAAUCGACGUCAAAACAUCUCGGUAUUAUGCUCGCUAGAUGACCGGCCUGUUGUGCCAAACAGCGCAUGAGAAAUAAGUCGGCGUUAAAGUGUAUGCCAAAUAAUGUGGUGUUGCUCUUGAACUACCUUGGUUUUUUAUCUAAGAGGCCAGAGUUGUUGCUUCAUCUAUUUCUGAACAUGUUCCUCCAUGCUGUCAUAGUUAGGCUGGUGUAAUAUGUAAAAAUG